GGUUAAAAGUUUGCGACUUCCUCCAUAAGGUAAUCAGUCUCGGGAAAUAUCGUGGCAUCACGUGCACACCACAAUGGCGGAAGCAGAAGAGGAAGCUUUGGAAAUAUUAUUGAACAAGGCUACCAGUCCUCUAAACAGGGAGGUUGAAGUAGACUUUAUGAAUGGGUUCUGUGACCAGGUGAACCAGGAACUAGAUGGUCCCAUGACCGCUGUGAGGCUGUUGGCACAUAAAAUACAGUCUCCACAAGAAAGAGAAGCUCUCUAUGCUCUGACAGUUUUAGAAGCAUGUGUAAAAAAUUGUGGCAAGAGGUUUCACCAAGAAAUUGGGAAGUUCAGAUUUUUGAAUGAAUUGAUUAAAGUUGUUUCUCCAAAGUAUUUAGGUACAAAGACGACGGAUAAAGUCAAAACAAAAUGUAUUGAAUUAAUAUACAGCUGGACAGUUGGACUGCGACAUGAAGCAAAAAUAUCAGAAGCAUACGAGAUGUUAAAAAGACAGGGGAUUGUGAAAGAAGAUCCUGUAUAUAUUGACAAGGAGGAUAUUCCUGUUCCACCACCAAGACCACAUAAUAGCAUAUUUGAUGAUGAGGAAAAGUCUAAGCUGUUAUCUAGGCUGCUGUCAAGUAAACAUCCCGAGGAUCUCCAGGCUGCUAACAGACUCAUAAAAAACAUGGUAAAACAGGAUGCGGAAAAAACAGAAAAGAAGGCUAGGAGACAUACAGAAUUAGAAACUGUAAACAAUAAUGUAAAACUCCUGGGAGAUAUGUUAUCACAUUAUAAACCAGGAGAGGGAACUGCAUCAGAUAUAGAAAUAAUGAAGCAAUUGUAUGAAACACUCGACAAACAUCGGCCAAAUCUUUUCCGUCUUGCAAGUGAUGCAGAUGAAAAAGACGAUGAAGGCAUCAGUGCGAUUUUAAAAGCUAAUGAUGAAGUUGGUCGUGUAAUGGGCCAGUAUCGUAGAUUGGUAGAUGGAACGACCCAGGAAAAUGGGGUGGCUGCAGCAGGAGAUAAAGGUAACAGCUCUGAUCUAUUGGAUCUGAACUUUGACACCCCUAUGCUGGGAGACACCAGUUCCUCUGCACUGCCUGCUUCAGCACCUGCCUCUGGAGCCUCAACUUUAGAUGAAGAUUUAGCUUCCUUAGGUAUAAGUGCUAGUUCAAACAGUGCUACCCAAGCCUCAGGUGCUGGUUCCCAAGACCUUGGUAUUAGUUCCAGUGGAGAUUUAAAUCAGUUUGGAGACUUCUUCAAACCUUCAUUAGUUACAGGCAGUACAACAGCUUUUUCAACCAAUCCUUCAUCAGCGUUUGCAAACUUCAAUCAACAACCACAGAUGAUUCCUCCCCCAAGGAUGCAGCAACAGGGAAAUGCCAGUUCAGGUUUCAUGCAAGGUAGUAUACCCUCAGCCAACAUGAACAGGCCAUACCCUAUCCAGACAGCUGGGGCCCCCAUCAUGGCUUCUUCUGUUGCUCCUACCGCACAUACAGAAAAUGCUGCUCCACAACUUUCUCAACAGAAAGCAAUGGCAGAUUUGGAUGAGCUGGGAAAAACUGUUCUUCAAAAGCACAAAGCUGAUACCAAUGUUAAAACUUUUAUUCCACCUCCUAGCCAACCGGUCAAAGUUCCCUUAAACCAGAUGCAAAAGUCCGGUGCAGGUGCACCCCUGGUCUCUCCUUCCUCACCAGGAGGACAGGCAAGUCCAGCAAAAAGGACGGAUACAUCAGUUCAACCCUUGACAGAUGUGUUUGUACCUUUAGAGUCUAUACAACCAGGAUCAACAUCCCCUUUAAACGCAUAUGAUAAAAAUGGACUGAAAAUAAUAAUUCACUUUGGGAAGGAUCGGCCCAGGGCUGAUGUGAUGGUAAUGGUGGUGUCCGUCAUGAGUACCAACACAAGUGCUGUAAAGGCAUUAAGUUUUCAGGCUGCGGUACCUAAAACUAUGAAGGUGAAACUGCAGCCUCCCUCAGCAACAGAUUUACCAGCUUUCAAUCCUAUAUUGCCUCCCUCUGCUAUUACUCAAGUCAUGCUGCUAGCCAAUCCACACAAGGAAAAGAUAAGAGUAAAAUUCAAGCUGACCUUUACCAUGAAUGACACUCCUGUGACAGAUGUGGGGGAAAUUUCUAAUUUCCCUGAAGAAAGCCUCUUGUGAUGCCAGUUUAGCACUAUACCAAAGCAUACAGAGAAAAAUAUGCUUUUCACUGAAAGACCUUGGGCAAUUUUAAAAAUUGCAUUCACUGACUUUGACUUCAAUGACAUCAGUGAAAGGUACAGCCUUAUCUACAUAGACCAGUUGAUUGCAAAAAUAACCACCAAUACCCCUAUUAAGCAAAAGAGGAAAAAAUGGAGCUGUUAUGUAACUCUGCUAUAUUAUUAUGCCCUUUUUUCAAACAUUCAUGAUCAAAUUGACCUUCAUAUUGUGAUAAUGGGUUUAGUUGAUAAGUGCAUUGAAAUAUGCGCUAUUUUCAAUAUUGGUUUAAUAAGAGAAAAAAAAUCAACAAUUUUCUUUAACAGGUGUGUUAAUGGACUCUGGAUUGGUGUGCAUUCUGAUGCCAUGCCAUAUUGCUAGUCAGUUCUAGAAGCUUUAAGAAUACAAACAUGUACACACACUCAAAUAUAUGUACCAAUGUGACCAAGGUAUCAAAAUGACCACUGACAUUGUAAAUAUGAAGCAAAAUGCAAGGUCUAAUAAUCUGUUUACACAUAUUUACUUUCAUAUACAGACUAUCAAAGAAAUAAUGGGUUUAAAGAUCUGUUAACUGUAUAUUUACACCAUGUUUUGCUGACCAAUGGAGAAAUAUGCUUGAAAAGGUCAUCCUAAUUGUGUUGACGUAGGACCAGAAUAGAAACGCGUCUAGGUGCUUGGGGGAACUGAGUGAAUCCUAGGUUCAGCAACACCAGGAUUGAUGCUUAUAGAGACAGUGUUUCUGGAAAGAACCUCCUUUUUGAGUGUAGAAAAGUUGCUUUAACCAUGGAGGAAGGGGGUAAAAAUUACGAUUAAUAAGUGCAAUGAAUGUUUUUUGUACUGUAGAUGGCAAUUUCAGGUGUUUAAAACAACUGUAUAUAUGUUCAAAUCACUUGCAAUGGGUGUGCCUUAAAGAUACAGAAUGGUUGUAUUUGAGUAUGCCAUAAUAGAGUAGUAAGUUUAUUCAAGAAGGUAAGGUUGCACUGUUAUUUAUGUGAGAUGCAGAACACAAAAAUGGGCUGGGCCUUUGAUCAAUUGGAUAAUAAAUGUGGGAGGGUAUGUAUAUGUAUUAAAUAUUUUAUUUUAUAAGUCUUACAAUAAGUUUCAAUGUUGAUUUCACAUCUCGCAGCAACAUGUAAACAUUGGUGUCUGAAGAUUAUGUAUUCAAAUAAAUGAUUACUUGAACCAUAA